AUGUUUUUGCUAAGAGAUUUGAAAAUGGUGAGAGUUCUUGGGGAAGGCUCGUUUGGGAGGGUUUUCCUAGUCUCCUUUGAGGGGCUAACAAAUGUCAAGAUGAAAAAGCUGUAUGCGCUAAAAGUAAUGAGCAAAGCCCAAGUUAUGCACAGCAACCAGCUGAUGCACGUCUACAAUGAGAAGACUGUGAUGCUUACUCUGUACUCGCCCUUCUUCGUGCGGCUGUACAGCACGUUCCAAGACGAGAGGCAUCUGUUCAUGGUCAUGGAGUAUGUUCCUGGUGGCGAGCUUUUUUCUUACAUGAAGGAAAUUGUAAAAUUCAGCGUAAAGCAUGCGCGCUUCUACAUUUCAGAAAUACUCAUGGCGCUGGACUCGCUGCACGGGGCGGGAAUAGUCUACAGGGACCUAAAGCCGGAGAACGUUCUUCUGGACGAGCACGGGCACGUGAAGCUGGCCGACUUUGGGUUUUCUAAGAGGAUGUACCAAAGCACCACAUGGACGCUGUGCGGGACCCCUGAGUAUUUGGCUCCGGAAAUCGUGAUGAACACAGGGCACGGCUUCGAGGUCGACUUUUGGUCCCUUGGCGUGAUUCUCUACGAAAUGGUGGUGGGGUCGCCUCCCUUCUACCACGAGAGCCAGGUCGAGCUGUGCCGGCUGAUCAUGCAUGGCGAAAUUGUGUUCCCAACCUAUGUGGACCCCGUUUCCAAAGACCUUAUAAGGCAGCUGCUGCAGGUGGAUAAGAGAAAACGGCUUGGGUAUAGGCGAGGGGUGAAGAUGAUAUGCAAGCACCCGUUCUUCCGGGAAAUCAACUGGGACCUUGUGCGAGGGCGAAGCUAUGAGCCGCCCAUUGUUCCGCCGCCAAACUUGAACGACUACGUGAAGGACGAGUCAAACUGCUCGAUUCGCGCGCACAUUUUGAACACAUCAAACGAUCCGCCGGUUACAAACCACCUGUUUGAUCAAUAUUGA